CUCAGGCCAGCCUGUCUCACCUCACUGUCUUCUACCUCUGUGCCCGGUGUUCGUACACAAAUCUGACCGCGGAUCAGCGCACUCGGGCUCCUUCCACACUACGAGUCACACCAACUGGGACUCAGACCAGAGGAAAUCGUGUUCGUCGGCAGCCAGGUCCGCACGCCAAGUCACAUCCAUAGCAGAGCACGGCGAGGGAGCGGACGGUGUGAUAAGACGGGACUGAAACCAAAGGAGAAAAAGGCUGGUAGGAAACAACAGAGAGGCUUUAAUGAAAAAACACAUUUAGCUGAAACGGGAGAGAGAGAGGACUGGCUGGCCCCGCAGAAGGAGGAGUAGUACGCGUAGCUAAUUUCCAACAUUUUCUAUUAUUGGCAGCGAGAGUGUGCUCACCGAGCCACAGUUAUAAAGAGAGCUAGCGGUAUGUAAUGCUAGCACGCUAGCGAAUGUUAGCUGGCUAAUUAGCUCGUCAGGCAUCCAAGAGUCGGACGUGUGAUCUUUAUUAAAAUAGGUCACUGUUUGGCGUCGUUUUACUUUUUUUGGAGAAAGCCGUGCUUAAUGUGCUUUGUGUGGAAUCCUGGCAGGCUCAUAAUGCUCUGCCUCGAAUAGCUAACGCCAAGUUAGACAUAAUAAAACAGUACAAGCUGCCUGUAUUAAUGAAUUGCUAAAAAUCAGUUCAAUAUUAUUUGUCUGCGCGUCUUGUGGAAAAGCCAAAUCCAUUGUGAAUUCCGAGCUGUGGACAAUUAAAAAAGGAGAAGGCAACGGAGGAAAAACAGACUUUUGACUGGUGACUGUCUGCCGUCCAAUGUUAAUGUCGACCGACAUUGCAUCUAUAAUGCUUCCCGUUAGUCGGGGAAUAAUGGACCGGGAAAGAGACAUUGAUACAGCAGCGGGACCCCAUGCGAGCGCGGCCGGGGGUCCAGCGGCUGUCCGGGGGAUGAAGCGAGGAGACCCGGAGCCCGACGCUCAGACAGCCCCUGCCCUGACUGACUUAGCCGGGGCGGAGUGCAAAAGACCAAGAAUAGACGGGACCGGGAGUGUUGUUGGUGACAUUGGCCAGAACAAUGAGCCUCUAAACCCUGGUUUCCAUGGAUACCCACCUCACAGUCAGGGCUCUCAGGAUUCAACAGGAGGACAGGAGGGCUUGGUGGCCCCACCCUUUACAACGUUCCCCCCUCCGCCCCCUCCUCAAAACGGACUACCGGGGACGGAUUUCGUCCCCGGGGCCAUGUUCGGUGCUGGGGGCCAAGGUACAGCAGAGGUAGGGGCCGGCGCUAACGGAGCCACCACUGCUACCAGCAACAACAACAACAAUGGAAAGACAGAGGAAACGUCCCAGGGCGAGGCGGGUGUACAGUGCGGUACAGUAGUGGUUGGACCAGGGGGCUCCCCGGGAGAGUCCGCAGAAGCCAAAGGGACCCCCAAACGCCUCCACGUCUCGAACAUCCCCUUCCGCUUCCGGGACCCAGAUCUCAGGCAGAUGUUUGGGCAAUUCGGGAAGAUUCUGGAUGUAGAGAUUAUUUUCAAUGAGAGGGGUUCAAAGGGUUUUGGCUUUGUGACAUUUGAGACCAGCGCAGACGCAGAGAAAGCCAGGGAAAAGCUCCACGGCACACUGGUGGAAGGUCGUAAGAUUGAGGUGAAUAACGCCACUGCCAGGGUGAUGACUAACAAGAAAAUGGUCAGCCCCUACCCUAACGGAGAGGCUCUCAGCACACUGCCUUAUGCGGGGUGGAAGUUGAGUCCCAUGGUGGGGGCCGUGUAUGGACCAGAAAUCUACGCAGUCCCAGGGUUCCCCUACCCUUCAGCAGCAGCAGCAGCCACCACAGCAGCAGCGGCGUUUCGGGGCGCCCAUCUCAGGGGCCGAGGCCGGCCCGUCUACAGCGCAGUGCGGGCAGCCGUGCCUCAGCCCGCCAUUCCUGCCUACCCUGGUGUGGUGUAUCAGGAUGGGUUUUACGGAGCCGCAGACUUAUAUGGAGGCUACCCUGCUGCUGCUGCCGCUGCCGCCGCCUAUCGUUACGCCCAGCCCGCGGCCGUAACCGGAGCAACCGCCGCGGCUGCCGCCUACAGUGACAGUUAUGGCCGGGUGUACACUACAGAUCCCUACCACGCUUUAACUCCAGCUGCUGCCGCUUACGGAGUCGGAGCCAUGGCCAGUUUAUACCGGGCAGGAUACAGUCGGUUCGCUCCUUACUAAAGCUGCAAAUCACACCCAAGGAAUUUCAUGUCGCUCCCCAACAAAAAAAAAACAAAAAAAAGCCUCCCUUUUUCAAGCUCUUUGUUUGGCAGGAGCUCCCCUCCAUUUUUUCUGCAGGCGAACUACAGUGACAACUCAUGUGUUUUUUGUUUUGUUUUUUGUCUUUUCUUUUUUUUUUCGUUGUUGUUUUUGAGGUGGCUAGAGACGUCGUUGCCACAUCAUCAACUCAAAACUCUGUUUCUGUACUCGUCUGUCUGUGACACGGAUACAAUGAAAAAAAACUGCCAGGAGUGUCUCCCACAUAAAGAAAAAAAAAAGAGCCCGGAGCCUGCUGUUUUUGAACUACAGGGCACAAUUUCAGGAUGGUUACCUUUUUAGAAACACUAUGGGACCUGGGAGGAGAGAGACUGCUGUUCCUGUGUGAUCCCACGCACUACAAACCUUCUUUUUUCUUUUUUUUUGACUUUACAGUAUAUCCACUGCCCUGUAAGACCUAAUCAGACCUAUAUACACACACACUUACAUUGAGCACUCAGUAUACACUUUCCUCUACAUUUUCCUUUCGUGUUGGCCUGCAUAUGAUCAUAGGACUACCGCAGCACAACAUUACUAAUAGAAAAGAAAAAAGGUACUCAUGUUUUUAAACACUACAUUGACGUAAAGCCCUCCACAGCAGAGACGUCCCUACGGUUUAGCAUUGUGCUGUAAUAAUGAAAAAAAACAAACAAUCAAACUCAGUCUGCUCGAUAUACAAAGAUGUAGGAAUUAUAAUAGUUAUUUUGUGAAGCCGGCGUUCGGAACAUUCAGCCAGAGGAAGGGAACUUGGGAGCGUCUGACAGACAGAAACCACUGUUGUCCCGGGUAAUAACAAACUCUGAACAACAUGGCAUGGGAAGAAAAAAAAAGCCUCCGGUUUGGUUUUGUUAUAUUAUUUUUCUUUUUUUUGUCAUUUUCUGAACAUGUCACAACUUCCCCUUAAGUUUUAAAGGAAACACAAGAAAACAAAAAUGUUUUUUUUUUUUAAACAUCAUUAAAAAAAAAAAAAAGUAUGAAAAUGACAAGGAAAAGGAAACAAGCGACUUGUUUUUUUCUGCAUUACCUCAGUUUUGUUUCUACUUCUUUUUUGUUUUUUUGCCGCCAUUGAUAAGAAGUUGCAUAGAAAUGUCAUUUAUAUAUGAUAAACUGUCCAUUGAUUUCACAUUGUCCUUAUUGCUGGUCCACACAUAUUCCAUUUCUUACUCUUAACUGCAACACUAAGAUGAAUCUGUUUCUACUCACUACAGCUAUGAACUAUCCCUGUAUGUCUAUUUUGAGAAUACAGCGCGCCUCCCCCUCCCUUCACCUCCCCUCUAAAGCUCAUCCUUCACGUUAGUUCCUUAUCUGUUCAUAGUACUUCUUCCAAAGAAGGACUCACUUCUUUUUUAUCUCCUCGACUGUCAGACAUUCCAGCUGCGGCAGCGCUGCAGUGAAUGAACGGGUCAAAUGGACAAAGAACCAUAAAUUAUGGACAAACUAGAUUUAGCUGAGCAGAUUUGAAACUGGGAGGGGUGGGGGGGUGGUAUCUACAUGGGAAUCAUCGAAUGGGAAUCCCUCCUGGCCAAUCGAGAUAUUUAUGCCUACAGGCUUCCAGGCAGAGCUGCAUGGAAACGGUGUCUGAUCUCAACUCAGCAGAACAGCAGAUCCCAGCAGAACAGCCCAGAUUAGAAUACAUUAAAACCCAGAGAUCGCAGUCACGUAACGGUGUCUUGAAGUAUCCCGCAGCUGACGGGGGUUUUCUAUUAUGUUCUUUAUUUCCUGUGUGGCAAGGGGCAGUCAGGAGGGAGGGGGAGGGGGAGGGGGAGCACAGACGCUGUCACUUAGCUGGGAACUCUUGCUGUCAUUUUUGUAAGUCCAUCAUGCUCUCUGGGAUCGUUCGCUCUGAAUACUUUAAAACUUCUCCUCACCGGUGCGUUUGAAGUGUUGUAAAAAAAAAAAAAAAAAAAAGAACUGGGCGGAACAGUUUCAGCCUCUUGUCCUAUGUAUUACAUCUCCAUUAUACUCUCACUGUGUUAUUGUUGCUAUUAUUUGCCUUUUUGUUGGUUCCAAAGAUUUUUUUUUCCCUGAAGAAAGCACAUUAUUGGUCCUGAUGUAUUUCUUUUUUCUUUUUUUUUUUGUGGUUGAUUGUUUUUGCUGUUUUUUUUUCUUUGCCUUUUACUUCAUGUUAUAUUUCUUUAUCUGUGGGGUUGAAGCUGUUUUUGUUUUUGUUUUUUUAACGUUGAAACAGCACAGUGCCGCAACAAAGCAUCCUGGGAAAUGUCAUUGCAGCGGUGUCGACACAAUGACAGACGAAUUUGGGAAUUGUGACCUGCAAACAAGACGACUUAAAUUGAAUUCGGUCCACACGCUAAUUUAUUUGCCUUUUCCUUUUUUUUUUUUUUUUUUUGGUCAACACAUGAACACGCUGUAUAUGCAGAGGUGUUUACUGCAGACAAGGGAAAUCAGAGCAGAUGGGAGUCAUGAGGGAUUAAUGCUGAGAGGAUGUUUGGGAUUGCCGGUAGGGCCAAAAUCACAGGCGAAGUAAACGUCCACACAAUGUCGAAAGGGCCCCCUGUUGGCCCAGCAGUAGCCACCUUUUCUUUUCUUUUUUUUUUUGAACAAUGAAACUAUGUGUGUGUGUGUGUGUGUGUGUGUGUGUAUGUGUGUGGGUGGUUAGUCGAGGGACAUUGUGGCGAUGAUGGUGAAGGUGAGAAGCUGAGCCAUUAAUCAUUAGCUGACAGGAUAACAACGUCCCCCGCUGUCUUUUUUUUUUUUUUUCCUUUUUCUUCUUCUUCAGGGGGUACAGUGCGCUCAGGGUGGAGCGAACAGAUUGAGGAGGGGGGGUAAUAAUGUUUUUGUAUGAUUGUGAAAACUGUGUGCAGUAGGUCCAAUGAGUAUUUUUGACGAGCAUUACCUCUUUUUUUUUUUUUUUUUUGGUCUUAUUAUUCCUUACAAGUAUUAUCAGAAGUGUUGCUAUGCAUGCUUAUGUGAGAGAGAGAGCGAAAGAGAGAGAGGAAGGGUGUCAGAAUCUUUUCAUUUGUGCAUGAAUUCAAAUCAUAGUGCUGGAGAGGGAAGAUGAGGU